AGAUUGCCACCGUUGUUCAUCUGUCCGUUGCGUUGGUUGGGUCAGGCUCAGUUUCUCACAGUCGGUUGAUCCUUCUGGUUCAAUAUCACGAUGGCGGUUCGGUACAAGAAAGUGGCCCCCGAGGGAGGCUGGGGACUGCUCGUAGGCAUAGGGAUGGCAACGAUGUUCACCGUUUCGCUGGGCUCGCUGCCCUCGUUCGGUUUAAUGUUUGGAGAUUUCCUGACCAACCUCGGCGAGGAGACUAGUGCAAUCGCCUUGAUUACGAGCUGCUUCUUUAGUGCAUUGAGCUUCACCGGUUUGUUCACCAAUACCUUGAUGAAGAAGACAUCCUGUCGGACGGUUGGAUUGAUCGGCGCGGUCUCGUAUGUGAUAGGAAGCUUUAUGACCAUUUUUGUGAGGUCCACCAAUGAGCUGCUGGUGUCGUUCAGUAUAUUUCAGGGUGCUGGUUUUGGACUGAUGAUUCCUGUAUCGUACACAACGUUCAAUGCGUACUUUGUCCAGAAGCGAGUGGUGAUGAUGAGUGUGUCACAGACGCUCAUUGGCCUUGGCACUAUGAUCUAUCCGAUUUUCAUACAGAAAACAAUGGACGCUUACGGGUUCCGAGGAUGCAUGGCAGUUCUUGCUGCUGUCAACAGUAACACUCUGGUUGCAAUGCUGGUGAUGCACCCGGUUGAAUGGCAUAUGAAAAAAGUGCCGCUCGUCGACGAAGAAGUUCAAAUGCAUGCGCUUCCAAGUGAAGAAAAGCCCGUGUCGAAAAUAAUAAAGGGAUUAGAUCGAUCCCGUCGGGCAUCGUCCAUCCCCGGGCUAGGAAAUUGGUCCGGUCCAGUAGUUGUGAGCGACUCCACCGAAAGAGACAAGAAACCAGCCACGAAAUGGCAAGUCUUGGUAGACUUCUUGGAUCUAACGUUACUGAGAGAUCCAAUUUAUGUGAACAUCGUUCUGGGCAUAUCAUUUGCUCUCUACUCAGAUCUGGCAUUCUUCACCCUGCAGCCGAUGUAUUUGUUCAUGAUAGGAUUUGGCAAACCGGAUGUUUCCCUAAUCAUUGCCAUCGGAGCUGCAGCGGAUUUGCUAUCGCGAGUUUUUCUGGCCAUUUCCAGCACAUGCUUGAACAUUAAGGCUCGUUACGUCUAUCUGGCCGGAGCGCUGUUCACCAUUCUGGCACGUUUCGCGUUUUUAUUCGUUUACGAUUUUUACGGCAUGGCUAUCAUAACGGCCAUAAUGGGAUUCCUACGAACCUGGAUACACGUCCCUUUGCCGUUGGUGUUUUCCGAGUAUCUGGCCACGGAAAGGUUUCCUUCCGGCUAUGGGUUAUUUAUGUUUCUGCAGGGAAAUAUCACUUUCGCCGUGGGACCCAUUGUCGGCUACAUCCGCGACGUGACCGGAAGCUACUCGAUCUCGUUCCACUGCCUUACGCUGUUUAUGGCACUGUGCGUAAUUCCGUGGUUGUUCGAAAUCGUUUAUCUAAGACUGAAGGCGAAAGCUCUGCGGAGAGCGGAUUCGCUGCAGCAAGGGGUCACUAUUCCGAUUAAACUAGAAACGAUAGAUGCUGGAUCCGAGAAAUAAAAUUGAGAGCAUGUACUAAGAA